AUGGAACCGGCACCAGUCGGUUACGGUGACUGCGUCAUAAACCUCCGGAGUUUUAACGGAGGAGGGGUGCUUCGUCACGGGAGCAGGGCCAAGGCGGGAUGCAGCUUGCACGACAAGCUACUGUGGAGACCACGGGGAUGGUCGACUACACGUGACAAGAGUCAACCAACAGAGUGUGAAAAGGGCAGGGACCUUUUUCUUGCGUCGGGGACAAACUUAAUCUUGUAUUUUUACUUUUCCGUGGGAAAGCUGCUCUUCGGUCACGAACCUACGAAACUCCGCCGCGGGCCACAUCACAACCAUGGGUGGUUGGCUUUGUUCUAUACAGAACAGAGCCUGAAAGCAAACGAACGAGAGCUGUGCUGCGACGUUUUGUUGAGCAAUGGGAUUGAUCUUUGGAGUGCAUUCCGUGCACGGCGUGAGCCGCCACUGCGGGUACUGGAACGGAGUGAUCCGAGCGGAGAAGCGUAUCGAGAGAAACCACGUUGUGUUGUGGUCAUGGGGACUGCGAGUCCCCCUCCGAACUUGAAAGAGACAGGAUUUGCAUCCUGUUCUUGCUGUUUCCACCCGGACUGUGUUCCCUUGCACGAGCAUCGCUUGUGCAGCCGGUGGUACUUUGUGCGAUGGGCCUCAUCGUCCUUGGCUGUUCCGUUCGACAUGGUCCUGGAACUGCGCGCCCGUUUAGGCAAGCGACUCUUUUCCGUCCAACCCGUGUGGAAAACGGGUGUUUACGAGGCUCUUGUGAGGGUAGAGCCUGCUGGGUAUGGUGUCGAGGAUGUCACCUCCCUUCUCUUCCCCAUGUCGGGCAGCUCCUUCUUUGAUGGCGAGAGAAGCACGGUGUGCUGUUUGCGGUGUUGCUGGGAUUCCGUGAGGGAGAGUGUCCCACGCUGGUUGUCCUCCUCGGGAGCUGUUGGCGAUGAUGGUACGCUGGGGGAGACAGAGUUGGGGAAACUCUUGAUCGAUGAGAUCCGACAGGCCGCGCAGGGGAGCGGACACACAUAG